UAAUACACGUGCGGGACGACUGUCGAUUGUUUGAUUGACCGCGGGAGCAAUGGGCCCUCGCAAUUGUUAGUUAUCAGCCAGUUAUAGCUGACACAGGAAGGAUCGCGCUAUACGGAGUUACAGAUAACAGAGAAAACAUACGCAUAGCUUAUCCUAAAUAUAUUUAAAUAAGUGUAAAUAAUGCUAUAUAUUGUACUAGUGAAGUGAGCAGUGUUAUAAGUGAAAGAUGCAACAAUGGCUACAAAACGUAAAUUAACAGAUGAAUCUAAAUGUUGUCGAAGACUGUCUCUGUUUGCAACCUUCUGUGGGAUUCUCUCUCUACUUCUGCACACGUACAAGUUAAUUGAAACGGAUAAUAUAAAAUUAGAUGAUAGUACGAUAGAUAAUUUAAAAUCUUCGUUAGAGAAACGAAUAGAAGAGUACAUAUCAGAAAUUGGGGUCACCAAGCAUAGAUUAAAAAGAGAAGCGAUGCUGAAGACAUCAGUAGUCCAAGAGGAGAAUACAGUAGCUCCUCACGUGGAGUUCUUCAACCCCAAGAUGCGAGCUGAGCUGGAGGAGAAAGACGCAGCGGAGAUGAAGCGGACGGGUGCGAAGGGGCCAGCGCCCGGCGGAGACUCCUGGGUCUGGCUUACCAGCUACUCCAGGGUGCCGUACAAGGUGGUGCAGGGUUUCUGUAAAGCGACUCAGGAUUACUGCCCUCCAGGAGUGCCGGGUCCCAAAGGUCCAAUUGGCAACCGUGGUCCAGUUGGCCCGCCAGGAGUUAAAGGUGAACGAGGUUUCCCUGGUAACCCCGGUCUCGAUGGCAGAGAUGGCGUGCCAGGAGAACCGGGAUUGGAUGGUCUGUCGGGCAGAAAUGGCGCGGAUGGUGCCCCAGGCAGAGACGGUAGAGACGGCAUGCCGGGCAAGGACGGUAGCCCGGGCAAAAACGGAAAGGAUGGCAAAGAUGGAAAACCUGGAGCCAUUGGACCUCCAGGUGUACGAGGACCUAAAGGUGAUCGAGGUCCAAUAGGACCUAAAGGACAACGAGGUAACGACGGUCGUGAUGGCGCCCCAGGCAGGCCUGGCCUCUCUAUAUACAACUACACCAAAGAAAAGGAACUCUUUAUUCCACCUACAUUCUCACAGGAGCAUACACGUGUAAUAGUCAGAGAAGGAGACACUCUCCGCAUCAGCUGCAACCCUAUGGGACGACCUGACCCAAGUAUUGAAUGGCGUAGAGUCGACAGCAACGCUAUCAUUCAGGGUCCAUGGCGUGACGCAUCUGUAAGCGGCCACCUAUUGAACAUCCCUAACGUGUCGCGUUGGCACACUGGGACCUAUGUCUGCAUGGCUAACAACGGCAUGCUGCCAUCAGCCAACCAGACCACUGAUGUUGAGAUACAUUUCAGUCCAUAUAUUCGUGUGCCCAAUAACAUUGUCUACGUGUUCAACAAGACAGCAAAGGUCGAAUGUGAGAUUCAAGCGUGGCCAGAGCCUGUACUUGCAUGGGAAGUCGACGGUGUAACCCUUGAAGGUCCAAGGUAUCGGACUGAGGUAGCGACCACCGGAGAUCCCUGGCGAUGGGUGAUGCGCCUUGAGAUCCCUGGCAUCAGGGAUCAUGAUCUAAGACAGUACAGCUGCGUAGCCAAGAAUGAACUUAAUAAUCAGACUGUUAAAGGUCACAUUCGGUUAAUGUACCCAGGUCCGAACACCAAUAACAUAGUAGAACAGCCGAUGGAGUUCGGGUCUCGCCCCCCGCCGUUCACGUCGUACGAGGAGCUGUGCCAGGUGCGACGCUGUCCCGCCUGCCCGAGCUGUCACCGUGCAAACCUCCUUAUCUCCACAAUGAACUCUACUGCCGGAUUCAAGCCUAGAAGGAACACCAACUGCCAGUUAUACGCGAUCGGAAAGCCAGUCUAUCAUCGUUACAAAGAUGAACUGUUUGGAGCCUGGCUUCGAGAUUCCAAUGCUACAGAAACGCAGAGAGAAAAGUUAUGGACGACUCAGGAGAGCGACGUGGAGCGGCUUCGCGAGUACCGCACAAAGGCUAGCUUCAAAGCAGACCACGUGGAUGAGUACCACAAGCUGCAGAAACCGUUCUUUGGCAAUGGUCACAUCGUAUACAGUGGGUCCUUCUUCUAUCAAGCAAACGAAUCGGGUCAUCCCGGAGAUAUUAUCCGUUACGACCUAACGCAGAGCCGCAUCAAAUCUGUACAUCUACCGCAUGCUGAUGGACGACUCUACACCGCGCAGCAUAACCAGGUCGACUUCAGUGCAGAUGACAACGGGCUGUGGGUAAUCUAUUCAAUUGAAGACUCAAACAACACAGCCGUAGCCAAGCUAAACUUCGACCCUAAUAAGGACGAUCUCAACAUCGACUAUAUUUGGAACAUAUCUCUUAAUCAUAAACAGGUGGGUGAAAUGUUUAUAGUGUGCGGCGUGCUUUAUGCUUUGGAUUCGGCGACGGAGCGGGAAAGCAAGGUUUCUGUGGCAAUCGACUUGUACCUCAGCAAGCCGCUAGAGGUCUCCCUGCAGUUCACCAACCCUUUUAGGAAGACAACGCAGCUUGGAUACGAUCAUAUACAUAAAGAAUUAUACUCGUGGGAUCGCGGUAAUCAGCUAACGUAUCCUGUUAGAUACAACGAAAUGCCUGGGCCAUAGUGAACCAUAAAAAACCUAGUUUAAAAUUAAUGUUUUGUAUUUUAAGAUUUUUUUUAAUAAAUGAUUAUAAAGAAAUA